CCUGAACUUUGAUCUUCUUUUAGGUGUGUCCACGAAGAUCUGAGGAGCUGGCUGGAGAUCCUCGAAGCCCCUGCCUGUCGUGAUGAGGGAGUGCAUUUCUGUCCACAUAGGCCAAGCAGGUGUGCAGAUGGGAAAUGCAUGCUGGGAGCUCUACUGCCUGGAACAUGGAAUCACCCCUGAUGGGACCAUGUGCACUGUGAGCCAGGCUGAUCUGGUGGACUCCUCCUUUGGCACCUUCUUCAGCGAGACAGGAGCUGGGAAGCACGUGCCCAGAGCCGCCUUCAUAGACCUGGAGCCAACAGUUGUGGAUGAGAUCCGACUAGGAAAGUACCGCCAGCUGUACCACCCUGAGCAGCUCAUCAGUGGGAAGGAAGAUGCUGCCAACAACUACGCCCGAGGACACUACACCAUCGGCAAGGAGAUCAUCGAUUCAGUCCUGGACCGCAUUCGGAAAAUGGCAACCUGGAGCCGCCUGGACCACAAGUUUGACCUGAUGUACGCCAAGAGGGCCUUCGUCCACUGGUACGUGGGAGAGGGGAUGGAGGAGGGCGAGUUCUCUGAAGCCAGAGAAGACUUGGCUGCCUUGGAGAAGGACUAUGAGGAAGUAGGAGCUGAUUCUGCAGAAGGCUUGUGUGAAGAAGAUGAGGAUGAGUACUAA